AAUGGUGCAUGACUGUGAUUGUAAUUAAGAAAACACUUAAUCUCUGAAUAUAUAACUGUAUUGAUCUCGAAGACAAUAGAGCACAAAAACCAAAAAGAAAGUAAAACAAGAAGAUGAAGUGUUUUUGUUUGGUUGCGUUUCUAGCAAUUGUGAUCACACAGAGCUAUAACGAUCUAGGAGUAGAAGCAGCGUCGGGGAAUGGUUUCGUGAGAAGGAAAGGCGUCCAGUUUAUUCUCAACGGGAAACCAUUUUACGCCAAUGGAUUCAAUGCCUACUGGCUCACGUACGAAGCCACCGAUCCGGCCACAAGGUUUAAAAUCACCUACGCCUUUCAAAACGCGACCAGUCACGGUCUGACCGUCGCACGCACAUGGGGUUUCCGAGAUGGCGGUUACCGUGCUCUCCAAACCGCCCCUGGUCGCUACGAUGAACUAACGUUUCAGGGUUUGGAUUUUGCGAUAGCCGAAGCAAAAAGACUGGGUAUAAAAAUGAUAAUCACCUUUGUCAAUAACUAUUCCGACUUCGGAGGAAGGAAACAAUACGUGGAGUGGGCUAAAAGUCAAGGCCAAGUCGUAAAUUCAGAAGACGAUUUCUACACAAACCCUCUUGUUAAACAGUUCUUCAAGAACCACGUCAAGACCAUGGUGGACAGAGUGAAUACAUUUACCAAAAUUGCAUACAAAGAUGAACCAACCAUUAUGGCUUGGGAGCUCAUGAACGAACCCCAAUGCAAAGCAGAUCCAAGUGGAAAAACCCUGACGGCUUGGAUUGGUGAAAUGGCUACUUACGUGAAAUCACUUGAUUCAAAACAUCUCCUCUCUACCGGUCUUGAAGGCUUCUAUGGUGACUCAUCUCCUCAAAGAAAAGCUUCUUUGAAUCCAGUUGCAGCCAACGUUCUUGGAACCGAUUUCAUCGCUAAUCACUUUUUCGACGCCAUUGAUUUCGCAUCGAUUCACUCUUACCCUGACUUAUGGUUCCCAAACCUAAAUGAGACAUCUCGAUUGGACUUCUUAGUAAAAUGGCUCGAAGGCCACAUGGAAGAUGCACAAAAGAUUCUUAAAAAGCCUCUAAUCCUAGGAGAAUUCGGGAAACCAUCGAAUACACCAGGCUAUACUCUAGCUCAGAGAGAUGCCGUCUUUAAUGCAACGUUCGACACCAUUUACGCAUCUGCGAAAAAGGGCGGUCCAAUCGCAGGUGCAUUGUUUUGGCACCUUAUUAGCGGCGGUAUGACCAAUUUUGAAGAUCCCCUCUCCAUUGUACUUAGUGACAACACCUCGUCGGUUAAAAUUAUUGGCCACCAGGCACGAAAGUUGGGUUUGAUUGGUGGAAGAGGAAAACUAAGUCACAAAAUCAAAAUCUAGAUAGGGCCUCUAUGUAAUAGUCUACAUUGAAAUUGUACCCCAAUUGAUAUAAUAAUAUUCUUUAAACUUUUCUCAUA